AAGCUCUCUGCCGACACCUAAAACCUACAUUUGAAAGGGUAUUCAAAGAGUUGUUAUAGUCGCAUCGACGCCUAUACACAUUGGACUGUCUGUGGGUCGUUUGGUGGGUCAAUUGUGGUUGGCUAAGGCGCGAACAGGUUCGCAAAUGCGCAGAAUUCAAUCAAAUCGAAUGCAGCAACAAGUAAAAAGCGACAGGCGACAAGAAACAAGAAACAGGCAACAAGCGACAGGCGACAGGCGACAAGCGACAGCAACAAGCAUUGAUUCAUAGAUUUUUGGGUAUUUCUGUGCAGUUGUUGUGCCCGGUUGAGACAGUGCGUCUGAUGCGUAAGUGGACGUCGCGUGGACGCCCGUCACAUGUCGUGUAAAAUGUCCGUGUGCGCACUCGCACGCCCGCCGCAAGCAACAGCCGCCGUAAGCAGUGCGAAUAACGUGAACGGGCAAGCAGGUGCAGCGACGUCGCCAGCGACGACGCCAACGACCCCAACGACGCCGCCAACGCCGCCGCCAUCGCCGCAGGUGCGCAUCUACGAGGACUUUGACAGGAUGAGCGCCAAGGAGGUGUACUACAAUGAGGCGGGCAAGAAGGUGACGGUCAAGCUGCUCCACUUCCCGGACGUUCUGCCCGAGGACAUAGCCAAGCUGCGCUUCGAUGACGAGGACGAUCAGAAUGCCGACGAUGCCGACGUGGACGACGACGAUGGCGUCGAUAGCGAUGCAGGUCGCUCUGCCAAUAGCAGCCACAGCACCGGCAUCGGCAUCGGGAUCAGCAAGACCCCGCCCACCGCUGACAGCGACGAUGGCGACAGCGAGACCGAGAAGCCUGACCUGGAUGGCAGCGGCAGCGGCAAUGCCACAGGCACCGGCGCCAUCAAGAAGACCUUCCGGCGCAAGCUGUCCGGCAACAACAUGCAGCCGCGCAAGUGCAGCCUGGCCUUUGCCCAGGCGCAUGGCAUCAAGCAGCGCGCCGAGAAGAAGCUGUCGAUGCCCACCAUCAGCAUCACGGCCAAUCCGGGCGAGCAUGUCAGCCUGGCAGGCGGACGCAAGCUCUCGCAACAGCACUCGCUGCCCAUGACGAUGAUGACGGUGACGCCGCCGCGUCGCAGUCACUCGCCGCUGGGCCAGAGUCUCUGCCCCGGCUACAUACAGUACUCCAAGUCGCUGCUGGAGGUGCCCAUGCCAAGGGAUUAUGGCUACGCCAGCAGCGAUGAUCUGAGCUCUGAGUGGGACUCGGAUGUAUCCACAUCGGCGGCCUCGUCCGCAACUGCAUCGGGCUCCGGCUCGGGCACUACGGGUGCAUCCUCAGCGAGCGGCACGAAGAAGAGCUCUGGCUGGCGGAAAAUACGAAACAUUGUGCAAUGGACGCCCUUCUUUCAGACGUACAAGAAGCAGCGCUAUCCAUGGGUACAGCUGGCGGGCCAUCAGGGCAACUUCAAGGCCGGUCCCGAGCCGGGCACCGUCCUCAAGAAGCUCUGCCCCAAGGAGGAGGAAUGCUUCCAGGUGCUCAUGCAGGAUGUUCUGCGUCCAUAUGUGCCCGUCUACAAGGGUCAGGUGACCAGCGAGGAUGGCGAAC